CUGGCACCAGGCGAGGCUCCCAGCGCGCAGCCCGGGCGCAGCGCGGGGGCCCGAGCGCCGUGGGCCCAGACUCUCAGCCCGGGUUGGGGGGCACCGCGGGGGCCUCCUGGGUGCCAGGGAAGAGGAGAACGACGGGAUCCGGGUCAAACAAAAGAAUCCGAGGGCGGGGAGGCGCGGGGGCGGCUACCUGCUUGAAAGGAGCGUUCCUAGAGCCCUGCGCGCGCGCGCGCGUGCUCUCACACACACACACACACACACACACACACACACAGCCACUUGGCCUGCCUUUGAUGUGCGGCAACUGAUCACCGAUCAGAUUACGGGCAUUUCAUCUCCCUGCUCGUCUGCCUUUGAUCUGCACGCUUCAUUUUCUUUUCCCGGGUUGGAGGUUUCGUCUGGGCUUGUGCCGACAUACAUUUUUGGGAAGGUACAAGCGUUGGGCGCAGAAGGGCUGCCAAGGAGAAACUCAGUUGCCGAAAAGGGUGGUGAGUCCUUGGAAAGACUUCAGCACGUUGAAGAGCUCUUCAACCAGAAAUACAUUUAAUAAGAGCAAUGGCUUCAAAGGUGCUACUCAGGCAACAGAAAUCUUUCACGGUUGUAGUUUUACUAGCCUGUUUGGCAUGUGGAGUGAUUUGUGAAACAGGAGACUGCGGACAGCAGGAAUUCAGGGACCAGUCAGGAAGCUGUGUUCUGUGCAAGCAGUGUGGGCCAGGCAUGGAGUUGUCCAAGGAAUGUGGCUUUGGCUACGGGGAGGACGCCCAGUGUGUGAAGUGCCGGCCGCACAGGUUCAAGGAGGACUGGGGCUCUCAGAAGUGCAAGCCGUGCCUGGACUGCGCCCUGCUGAGCCGCUUCCAGAAGGCCAACUGCUCGGCCACCGGCGACGCCGUCUGCGGGGACUGCCUGCCUGGGUUUUACAGAAAGACAAAACUUGUUGGUUUUCAAGACAUGGAGUGUGUGCCUUGUGGAGACCCUCCACCCCCCUACGAGCCGCACUGUACCAGCAAGGUCAACCUGGUGAGGAUCCCGUCCACGGCCUCCAGCCCGCGGGACACGGCCCUGGCGGCCGUCAUCUGCAGCGCCCUGGCCACCGUGCUGCUGGCCCUGCUCGUCCUCUGUGUCAUCUACUGUAAGCGGCAGUUCGUGGAGAAGAAGCCAAGCUGGUCCCUGAGGGCACAGGACCUGCAGUACAACGGCUCUGAGCUGUCCUGUUUCGACAGAUCCCGGCUCGGCGCCCCUGCGCCCCGCACUUGCUGUCAGUGCCUGCGGGACUCAGCCCAGGCCUGCGGGCCCAUCCACCUCGUCCCAUCCCGGUGCUGUGGUGGGACCUGCGGCAUCGGCCAGGACACUCCUGGUUGUCGGGGGCACUGCAAGGCCACCCUUCAGGACAGAAACACAGGUCCAGCGGGGGAGGCGAUUCCCACUUUCUUUGGGUCCCUGUCAAGGUCCCUCUGUGGCGAGUUCUCAGACGCCUGGCCUCUGAUGCAGAAUCCCGGUGGUGGUGACGACGUCUCCUCCUGCGACUCCUGCCCUGAGCUCCCUGGAGAAGACGCUCACUCUCUCGACCCAGAGAGCACAAGCUUGGCUUCCCUGGACUCAGACAGCAGCCGGGGUCCGGUCGGUGGGGCGGGGCCAGUUCUAGCUCAUCCGGAGACCUUUACAGACACUACUGAUUUGUCGAGACUCACCAACACGCUGCCAGAGCUUGUGCGGGCUCGGGUCGUGCUCACUGCUGGAAACCAGCUGGAUCAGGGGCGAGGAGAUGCCCUACACCUGACCACACAGCCACCCGCCCAGGGGGACGAAAGGACUUGCUUCUUUCUUCAGUGAAGUGUCCAGCAGAGCCUGCGUGUGGACUCGCUGCCAUCUGGACUUCUCAUGGCUUCUGGGGAAAAAAGGUGAAUCUGAACUGAACUGAUGUCAUUUAAACUUCUGAGCCAGGCCCGCCAUGAGCCGAAACCUCGAGGAAUGGCGCCUCCAAGCUUUGCAUCUUUUCCACACAAGGAGCGUCUGAGCGGGAGGCCAACUUCAGAGACCCAGUGGGCCGGGUUUGCAGCCUCCGAGCUUAGGGGUGUGACGAGAAGCAGAAACACAGUCACGCUUCUUUUCGUGGUGGAUGUGGUGGUUUGACGAGACUGAAGGCCCAGAGUAUAACUUUUCAUUCACACUCUCUGGAAAUAAUUUCACAUCUCCUACUCAAAGUCAAUGUCAGAUCGGUUACCUAGUUUUUACGCAGGAUGGGUUCACAGGUGAGUGUUUCUGUGUACUGGAGGUCACCUUUUCAUCAUCUGAAAAAUUAGCAUGGGAGGUUAGAAUUGAUCUCCCACGGCCUGCCUGAGUCUUGGCUCAUCAGAUGGUGGCCGGGAAAUCGGAAGAGAUCAAAUCUUAUAGAAUGGACACUUCUCCAUCAGCCACUGUCUCAUCAACCCCAGCUGAGUUAGUGACAGGAGGGGCCUGAGUUAGCGAAUGUGGUUGGGAAAGACUACCCAACCCCCCCCCCCCCGAGUUAAAAGCUCCUUAAUCCUCAUCCUAGAUUAGCAGAUUUCCUCGAAAAUCCACUGAUAUGGAAGCAUUUGUUACUUCUGUCCCUGGGACUGAGCUCAAAAGAUCCAGAUUUUCUCUUCUGUAGAAAAGCAGUAUUUAUAAUAAUCUUUUGUUUGCAUCGUGUUUUAUAAUAAAGGCUUUAGAAAUGCCAGCACAUGGUGUGUCCAUGCCACUGAAACACGAUGCCAGGUGAGUAGUCUUAGGAGACGACUCUGCGUAUUAGGACCAGGAGAACGAGCACAGCGAGGUGGAUGGCUUGUAACUGCCGUCGUGUCGUCUGAUCAGCACGUUACAGGGCUCCCUUUGAUCUCCUAAGCUUGGUCAGCCCAGCAGUUUCCACCACAGCCCAGCGACACUGGAUUGAAGAGUCUGGUGCUUCUACGAAGGCGAUCCACCCCUGCCACCUUGACGUUGAUGUACUAGAAUUUGCUCUACAGCUAAGACAGAAACAAACACAGCUCAGUCGUGAACCAGGGGACGGCUCCUUAGCUCUUCAUCUCUGCACGCUGGAAAGGAUUUAUUUGAGCAGGAUUUCUUUCUUUUCCUACCAUGUUCAUAAUCAGUCCUGGCUGUUGCCUUUUAAGUGAUGAUUAUUAGCUUUGUUCCAUUUGCACUUAAAAAAGACGUAAACCUUCAAACAUC